AUGCUAGCGUUAGCUGAAGUUUAUCACACUUUUUGCGCAGAAAAUCAAAUUAAAACCAAUUCACACGUUUCUGACGUUUUUGGGAAAACUCUACCCUCAGAAAAUGUUGUCAAACUUUCAGGUAACAACAGACUAAAUCCUGUUCAAAGACUUGAUGAUGCAGAUGCUCAUGCACUUUCAAAGUGCCUGCUAAACAACAAAGAUGUGACAGCUCUAGAUCUGAGCUACAACAACAUUACAGAUGAAGGCGCAAACCACAUGUCUGAGCUCCUUCAGCGAGGAAAAUCAUUGCAUUUCCUGGAUCUCACAUUCAAUAACAUUGGGGAAAAGGGUGCACAACGCUUCUCCCAAAGCCUCCAGUCAAAUGAAAAACUAUUGUCCCUCACUCUUUCGGGGAAUAAAGUGAUGAAUGCAGGAGCAAUGAGUUUAGCCCAUCUGCUGCAAGUCAACAACACUCUUCAAGUACUGCGCUUGGCCGGCUGUGAACUGGAUACCCAGAGCGUCAUUGCUUUUGCCAUUGCUUUGAAAAGCAACAGUACACUGCGCUGCCUGGAUCUCAGUCGGCCUCUGCUGUGCGGAGAGCAGGAGGAGUGGGCCGUGCACUUUGCUCAUAUGCUGGCGGAGAACCAGAGCCUUCUGGAGCUGCAUUUAGGGACCAUGGGAAUAAUGACGUCUGGGAUGGAGAGACUCAGCAAAGGACUGCUCUUCAACUACAGCUUAAAAUACCUCGAUCUGCGCUGUAACCGUGUGACUCGGGACGACGUCAGGCCAUUGGUCGAUGUGUUGCUGAGGAACGGUUCCACUCUGGAGAUGCUCGAUCUCUCGUCCAAUCAGAUCAAAGACCAGGGCGCGGUGUGUCUGAGCCAGGCGUUAGUGUCUCCAAACUGUUCGCUUAAAGAAUUGUCUCUUUGCUCCAACAACAUAGACUCUGAAGGUUUGCUGUCUUUGGCCGAAGCCCUGACUCUGAACUCCACUUUGACUCACCUUUACAUCUGGGGCAACCGUUUUCAGGAGCCUGUCUGCCUGGCUUUCAGAGACUUGAUAGAAAAUGGCCGCCUUCACCCGGACCACACCGACGUCAGAGCGUACGAAGUGGAUGAUCACGUCUUUCUCGCUCAGGUUUUUCAGACUUUACGAAGACAAUUCUAUGAACCGAAAAACAACACUGAUCAUAUAUCAAGCGAACCUGAGCGGCCCGCGGACACAACCACAGCAAAGGGAAUGAGGUUCCAUGUGUAA